AAGCAAAUAUCAAUGCCCCAAGUCCAAUCCAUUCCCAAAAUGGCAAACCGCUGUAUAUGCCGAGCACCCCUCUAUGUUCUCCAUCACAAACUAUUCGCAAAACAGCAUCGCUCGCAGUCCAUGGCGUAUUUCUUUACCGAGUUGCGGUUGGCCGCUUCUCCAUCUCGCUGAAAAGUCUCCGCCAUGCCCUCGGGACUACCUGUCUCUCGUCUUCGUCGUUCUACGAGUUCUUUGUUAGGUAGCAUGUUCGUGCAAAGCUAGGACUGGUCAUCCAUGAUUCAGGAAUCACCACUACAGCACUGUCACUCUUCGAAGUCAUUAGACCAUCGCCGGUUUCAUACGCCUACUCCAAAAUCCCAAUUGGUAUCUCGCACAACAUGUCUGACCCGCGUGUGAUUGCUUGGGAGCUCCAAGACGCCUCAUACAAUCCGCCCAUCCAGAAGAACACCGAUUCAUCAUCACUGGUCUCCACCGCCGCUCCCUCGACAUCACAGCUCGAUGAAACCCGCGAGCUGGACGUGCAACCAGGCGGACAGUAUCGUGCACACACUAAGCUCUACAUCAACUUCUCCCGUACCGACGACACCGCAUGGCGCAUUGCAACCGGCUUCCUCAUCACGCCCUCUAUCAUCGCCACCGCCGCACACAACGUCUUUGCGCUCUCCCCACUGGCUCCAGCCGCACAAAUCAAGGCAUACAUUGGCUACCGCGGCAGCGCCUCUGUCGCAGAGCGGUAUACACAGUUUCGCUCCGGGAAGAAGACUGUCAUACCAGAAGGCUGGGUCACUAGCCGCGGCGCUAUAAGACGAGACAAUGUCGCUUUCAUCCAGCUCGACCGGCCCUUUGAGGGCGUGACAUGCGUGCGCUAUGCGUACGCGCCCGGGACGGGAGCUGGCGAGGUCGAGGUCGCCGGCUACGCUGCAGACAGAGAGGAUCCCGGGACGAGAGAGUUCGGGGGUGUAGUGUGGAGCGUGAAUAGUAAUAUCUCAUACAACCUCACCCGCGAGGGUCUAAUGUCAUACACCCCCAUUGACUCUGGAGGCGGGCUUGUCGGCGCGCCCGUCCUUCGCACGAGCGACAACUACGCCAUUGCUGUUCAUGCAUUCGGAGGCGCGCCGAACCUCGCCGUGCCUAUUGGACCCAAGGGCCAUGACUUUGAUGCGUACAUAAAGGCGCUUGAAGGCCCAUUGAAGCCUGACCAGCUCUUCGCAUUCCCUCUGUCGACACCAGAGAAGAGUAGAUCUGUCGAUGUCGCAGAUGUGGCGCGGGCGUUUCCGAAGACAUCGCAGAGCGUAUGGACGACGCAAGGAAGUACGAUGAUUGCAUGGUGGGCGGGAUAUGUCGCUGCUGGCGUGAUGCUAGCACGGUGGCUAGGCCGGGCGAAGAGGUGAAGGGAUAAGGCUGCUUUCAAGUGUGGUUAUGUGGUUUGUUAUAUACCCAGCACAUUAGUUGCUCGACAUAGUAAUGCAUAAUUAAGUCCCGGCUC